AAUAUAAAGAACUUUCUUUCCUUCUUUCUUAUCUAUAUCUUUUUUCUUUUUCUAUUGUGCUUUUGCAUACUUAGAACUUUGCGUCAUAUAUUGUUCUUCGUUUAUUACCCCUAUUUUUCUAUCUUUGAUUUGAUUUGUGGUUUUUUGUUUGACUUUGGAAUUUGUCCGAAUUGUUGGGACCUUCGGGAUCAUUGAACAUUGUCAAUUGAAAAUGGCGGGUCAUGAUCAUACACAUAAGGGGGAUGUGACGGAGAAGAAUCGAACACAUUGGGAGUAUGUACUCUUAUCUCGUUUUUUUCUUCCUUGCAGGAAAGUUUUGGGAUGGAGAUGUAGUGUGGUACUGGAGUGUGGCGUCUCCACAUGCUCGUUUUAUAUCUUGAGGAUUGAUACUUCAUGCCCUGACAAGCGUCGGAGGUUGUGAUUCUUAUCAAGAACUAGUCUUCGUGCAAACUAAGAGGAUUUCCCCCUCCAUAAAUCACAAACAUCCAACGCCCUUUACCUCUCGCGUUCCACCCCCCACACCCAUGAAUCCUCUCUGCAAAUCCAAACUAACCCCACACAGCACCCACGCCUCAUCCUACGACACGCGUUUCCAAAAGACCAUCGAGCAACUAAUCUCCAUAAUCCAAGAGCCACGCGUCCUAUCAUUCAUCGGCGCCCCCUGGCAAACCGACUCCACACCACCAUCUAAACCGCUCAAACUCCUCGAUUACGCUUGCGGCACCGGUCUUAUAACCCGCGCACUACUCCCUUAUAUCACCCGCUCUAUUGGUAUCGAUCUCUCUUCUUCCAUGGUAGAGCAAUACAACCUUCGAGCAUCUAAUCAGGGACUUGACGCUUCGGAAAUGUUUGCUUAUCAGGGAAAUUUGUUAUCUUUGGAUCCGGCCCCACAAUUGGAAGGGGAAGAUCUUUAUGAUUUUGAUAUUGCAGUAGUAGGAUUGGGAUUUCAUCACUUUGAAAAUCCAGCGUUGGCAGCGAGGAAACUAGGUGAGAGAUUAAAGAAGGGGGGGAUUUUAGCCGUGGUCGAUUUCGAAAGUCAUGAUGGGUAUGGGAAUCCUCAUUCUCACUCCCAUUCCCACUCCCAUGAUCAUAACCAUUCCCACGAGAAACCAACCCCGCCCCAAGAACAACUAAAUACCGAAACUCAAAAAGCCCAAGAAACAGUAACCCAUCACGGAUUCUCCCAAGAGGAAAUCCAGAAGAUCUUUGAAGAUGCGGGUGUAGGUAUGGAUUUUGGAUAUAUGGUUUUGGGGAAGGGAAUAGUGUUUCAUGGAACGGGGGUGGAGGGACAGAGAAAGGAUAUGAAGAGGGCGGUUUUUAUGGCGAGGGGAGUUAAAUCGUGAGAACUUGUCUAGAGGGGUGUAGCUUGAGGGAAUGAGAAGGGGGGAGGAAGAGGUUAUUUAGGUGGGAUUAGAGUGAAUGGUUGUGAGGGCUCAGAAGCUAUGUUGUGGAUUACUUGAAUAUUUUGAGGAUAGAUUGUGAAACUAUUUAUCAGUUUUCAAAAAGUUCUAGAAUACAAU